AUGGGCAAUGAGGCCAGCCUAGAGGGCGGGGGAGCCGAGGGGCAGCUGCCUCCCGGCUUGGCCACGGGUCCUGCCACCUCGCCUGGAUCCGCCAAGCCACCUUCAGCACCAAGCAGUGGAGGACAGCUCCCACCGGGCAGGGCGCCUGCCGCUGCGCCGGGCCCCGCGCAGCCUCACGGACCCUCCGCCAGCACACCAAGAAGACCAGAACAAUCAGACUCCUCCUUUGGACAGAGGACACCUUCCCCGUCCCUGACAAAAGCUGCUCCAGGCAGUGAAACCCCAAGAGAGAAACGGAGCCAGGGGCAGGCUCCCCAACACACCGAUGGGCCCAGGAGGACUCUCCAAGUGGGUGGAGGACGCUCACCAUCUGUUUCCCCGGAGCGAGGCAGCACGCCGACCUCACCUUAUUCGGUCCCACAAAUUGCCCCCCUUCCCAGUAGCACGCUCUGCCCUAUAUGCAAGACAACAGAUCUCACCUCCUCCCCUAACCAGCCAAAUUUCAAUACCUGCACACAGUGUCACAACAAGGUCUGCAACCAAUGUGGAUUCAACCCCAACCCUCAUCUGACCGAGGUUCAAGAAUGGCUAUGUUUAAAUUGCCAGAUGCAAAGAGCUUUGGGAAUGGACAUGACCACAGCACCCCGCUCCAAAAGCCAGCAGCAAUUACAUUCUCCGUCCCUUUCUCCUUCCCAUUCCCCUGCCAAACAGCCCCAGGCACAACCACAACCCCAAGCGGCAACAGGACCAGAGAAACCACCUGGAACUAUGCAGCCAAGGCCCAAGCCAAGUGCUGCAACCAUGCAACCCCCAUCCCCCAAACAUCCCCCAGAAGUGAUGAAGUCUUCCCCUCAGCAUCAACAAGCAAAGCCUUCAUCCAUUGAUCAGAGAAAGAUUGUAGGAGACUCCCCGGCUAAGACUCCGGUCCCUCCCCCAAGUGCUGGGGGAGCUCAAGAACAGACCCAAGAGGGCCUCACGGGGAAGCUUUUUGGAUUUGGAGCUUCCCUCCUGACCCAGGCAAGCACACUCAUGUCUGUCCAGCCAGAGGCCACUCCACCAAGUCAACAGUCUCCUGGCAAAGUGCCUCCAAAAAUUGUCUUCAGUGAUGCCAGCAAAGAAGCUGGCCCUAAGGCCCCAAGCACUGGACCUGGAAUGCAGAGUAAGCCUGGAAUUGUCCCAGCUGCAAAGCAGUCGAAAGCAGAACAAGUAACCAAGCCAAAGGAAGUGCCGAAAGAAAGGGUUUUAUGCCCCCUCUGCAAAGCGGAGAUAAACGUGGGCUCUGGAGAGCCCGCCAAUUAUAAUACCUGCACAUCCUGUAAGCAGCAGGUCUGCAACAUGUGUGGAUUCAACCCAACACCUCAUCUGGUAGAGAAAAACGAAUGGCUAUGUUUGAACUGCCAAACUCAGAGGCUACUAGAAGGAAGCCUGGGAGAUCCUGCUCCAAUGCCACUGCCCACUUCAAAACAACAGCCAACUGGAUCCCCCCGGCACCAAGCUGGAGGUCAGCAACAGAGAGGAGCCCAGCACCAUGAACCAUCAAUUGCUAAAGACAGGCAACCUGCACAUUUCAGGACUUCAGAACAAAGCAAGUUACCAAUUGCCACAGUCCAAAAAAAAAUGCCUGCUGCUCCAUCUGAAGAAAAGCCACUGCCCAAAUUAGCUGAAGAGUCUCCAAAACCUUCUGAAAGUCCAUUGUCAAAAGAGAAAAUUGCAGCUUCGAAACCAGAAAGAGAUAUCAAAGACAGCACAGUUGUAUCUGAAUCUCAGAAAGCAAGAGAGCAAGAGGACUCCAGCAAGCCUUAUCCCUCAGACCAGCAGUCCCGCAGCCCCCAAAGCUUGAGUGAUACGGGCUACUCAUCUGAUGGGAUCUCAAGUUCCCAGAGUGAAAUCACAGGCUUAGUGCAGCAAGAAGGAGAACAGCUAAACGAAACAGGAAUUGUAGAACCAAGUCCUCCCAGUCCUUCUGAACUUACUAAGCUAGAAACCAGCAUGCGCCCUUUACUGGAGUCAAAGAGCUUGACCCACCCAUCAGCUGACCGUGGGAAGACAUACCAUGAAUUAAGGGAGGAGCAGAGGCAAAGACAGAGGCCACGGUCACUUUCUAUCACUCCAGAAGCCUUUGAUUCUGAUGAGGAGCUAGAAGACAUCAUGGAAGAAGAUGAAGACUCUCUGGAAUGGGAUAGUCAAAGGGAGAAGAAGGACAGCGCAGAAUCUUCAGAUGAUUUUGGCAGCAAGCUACGCCAUGACUAUGUGACAGAUAGUAGUGAAGCAGGAUUCUCCCCAUUGCCAACUAAACAGAAAGGCAAAGAGCCUGUAAUGACAGAUGAAGAAUUCAUGAGGAGGCAAAUCUUGGAGAUGAGUGCAGAAGAAGACAAUCUUGAGGAGGGAGAAGAAUAUGAUCAUGCAAAAUACAGUUCCAAAGAUGGACGCAAGCUUGAUUCUGAGAAAAGCAGAGAGCCUACUGCAUCCAAGAGACGCCUGCCUCACAGCUCGAGCAGCAUAUAUGAGGAGGAGCAAAAAGAACUGGAAAGUGCCGAGACUGAUGACAUGGCUGCAUCUCAGAGAGGUCUGCGUCGUUUCAAGACCAUUGAGUUAAAUAGCACUAACAACUAUGGCAGAGACAUGGAGUUGAGCCAGGAGGCAGACAUCAACCUGGACAGAGAACCUGAACUGGAGAUGGAGAGCCUCACAGGCUCCCCAGAAGAUAGAUCAAGAGGUGACUAUUCCUCCACUUUGCCACCAACCACACCCAGUUACACCUCGGGAACAUCCCCAACCUCAGUCUCUUCUCUGGAGGAAGACAGUGACAGCAGCCCGAGCCGCAGGCAGAGAUUAGAAGAGGUGAAACAGCAGAGGAAAGCCCGGCAUCGCUCUCAUGGCCCUCUACUGCCAACCAUUGAAGAUUCCUCAGAAGAAGAAGAGUUGCGAGAGGAAGAGGAGCUCUUGAGAGAACAAGAGAAAAUGCGGGAGGUGGAGCAGCAGCGGAUUCGAAGCACAGCACGCAAAACAAAAAGAGAUAAAGAAGAGCUGAGGGCACAGAGGAGGAGAGAGAGAUCUAAAACGCCACCCAGUAAUUUGUCACCUAUUGAAGAUGCUUCACCCACUGAGGAACUGCGCCAGGCUGCAGAGAUGGAGGAGCUUCACAGGUCUUCCUGUUCAGAAUAUUCGCCCUCUAUUGACUCAGAGGCUGAAGGAUUUGAUGUCAUUGCCUCCAAACUGUACAAAUCUGGCAGUGAGUACAACCUGCCAACCUUCAUGUCCCUUUACUCUCCAACAGAAAAAAUGGCUAGCUCUAGUUACCCAUCCAGCAAGCCUCUCAAAAGUGCAGAAGAAGCCUAUGAAGAGAUGAUGAGGAAGGCAGAAAUGUUCCAAAAACAACAACCUUUCCAACAAAGUAUUUCGUACAACAACACUUUUCAAGAAGUAAGUUAUCGUGGUUCAGAAGACCAAAACAAUUUUGAAUAUCAGUACAUAGAUGACUAUGGUUAUGAUAGUCGGGGUAUAGAUUCCUCACAAGCUGACUAUCAGAAUGAGCUUUCCAAAUCUGGGGCACUAUAUGAAGAAAUUCUUCAAACAUCACAGAAUAUUUCCAGGAUGCAUCAAUCUUCUUCUCUGGAUUUGACACUUGAGCAAGAAAUGAAGAAACAAGGGAGAGAAGACCCCUAUCCAGAGAAGCAGUUUUUGAAUGCCGAGAGUGCAUACGAAAGUGGCCCGCUCACUCCGGGAACAAGUCCGACCCAACUCUCUGCUCCCGUCUCCUUUUCACAGACUGAAAGCAGUGCAGGCAGAAUAAUCCCCGAUGUUAGAGUCACUCAGCACUUUGAAAAAGAGAGUAAUGAGCAAACAAAGUUUCAUAGUUCCUCAGUUACAGCUAGCUCAGUUCCAAAGAGUGUAGCUAUGCCUUACUCAUAUAGUAAAGGAACUAGCCCAGUCACUACUGUUGUUUCUACUCCAGCUAGCGCAACCCGAAUUUACAGCUCUCCAACUUCAAGUGGCUCUGAUGCAUCACCUGUGUCCACCAUUAGCCAAAGCCAGACAAAAGUAACUGCAAAUUAUGGUUCUCAAACAGAAAACAUUCCCAGGGUUGGUGCGUCAUCAGUAAGAGAUAAGCAUCAAAGUGUGACUGAUGGCAAGACAAACAUACCCAUGACAACCCCCAAAAUGUAUUCUUUUUUCAAAAGUUCCAGCCCACCCCUUUCCCCUUCUUCUCCUACUCAAAGUCCUACUUAUUCUGUUCCAAGAACUGGGAUGCCAUCUAGUUCCGGGGUAGGAGCUAAAUCAACAGCUGAGUUUUCUACUCAAACACACAGCACAAUUAUUUCGUACGACAUCGCAACUACUGGGGCAUCGACAACUUCUCCGAUGAUAGCUCAAGGAACACAAACUCCUCACCGAGCCAGCUCCCCACGCCUGGCUAGGCAACAGUCAUCCCAAGAAGCCCCCUUUAUGGUCAUCACCUUAGCGUCUGAUGCAGCUAUUCAAACCAAGCCAAUUGGUGUAAGUUCUUCCAUUUCACCACCUUCAUCUCCAACUCAGCAAGGCCGCCAGCAAACAGUGCAUAGUUACAGUCAAACAACCACUCAGACCAAGGCACAGUCAAUGCCUGAAAAAGCCUCUCCUUAUACUCCAGUGCAGAAAGUGCAGAGCACUGCUACUGACCCUAUGCCUGGUGUGUACAGCUGGGGCACACUACCUGCAGAGAAUAUUUCCUUGUGUAGGAUAUCAUCAGUCCCUGGGACAUCUAGAGUAGAACCUGGACCUAGAGCAUCUGGCAGUAAUAUUGUAGAUUUGAGGACAGCAAUAAAGUCUGUUCCAAUCAUUGUAACAGACCAGGGAAUGGAUCUCACAUCCUUAGCUGCUGAGAGCAGAAAAUAUUGCCUCACCAUGGACCAGUCACCGAGUCGGCAAUCCACAGCCAUCCAACCUUUAAUCAUAAACCUCAAUGCCCAGGAACAAUCACAUGCUAUUAUCAGCAGUGCCACCACUGUCAGCAUAACAGUUGCAUCUACCAUGCUUAUGUCCCAAUCGAAGCAACCAAUUGUCUAUGGGGACCCUUUCCAGAACAGAAUUGACUUUGGUCAAGAGAUAGGAAGUCCAGUCUGUCUGACACAAAUUAAACAGGUGGAGCAAGCUGUUCAGACCGGUCCCUUCAGAGGACCCAUGACAGGUCCACAGCAAACAAAAUUUGCAAGAUACAAUUUGCCCAACCAAAUGACAUCCAUGAUAAAAAAAGAUACACUAAUUACUCAGACUAGCAAUGCCCAAAAUAUUGUGAGUGCCAUUCCCAGGCCGUUUCCUCAAGAUCAAAGCUCAGAGAUAUAUAGAGGAGUUCCAGUGGAACUGAAAAGUCAGGCUCCUUCAGUAGCUCUUGGAGGUAAGAAGUCUCAAGUGAUGAUGGUGCAGAUGGAUGACAUAGCAGCAGGUUCUGUCACAAAACUCAUGAAAGAAGAACCUCCUCCUAAUGCUUUGGACCUCACGGGAAUGAAGCCCGAGAGCCAAGUAGCAUGCUGUGAUGUAGUCUAUAGAUUUCCAUUUGGAAGCAGCUGCACUGGGGCUUUUAAUCCAUCUCCUAAAGUGCCGGAAAAACAUGUUGGAGAAGCAUCUCCCCUUGGCAAAGCUAGUGGCCAGUAUUAUGGAACCAGAGAACAGGAAAUGCCGGAGACAUACCCUUACAGAGAACAGCCGCCACCGGUCCCUCAUCCAUACGAAGAGCACCGAUUCCAUCCUCAUGGCAUGUUUGGGAGAUUAUAUUCCUCAAUGUCGGAUACAAAUCUUUCUGAAAUGGGAUUGAACUAUUACUCAGUUAAAGGAGAGCAGCACUUCCCUUCCCCUGCUGGAGAUUCCGCUGUGGACUUGACAACUAUGAAGCAUUCCUACAGCCACAGUUUUACAGAGGGAGGACACCUAGGGCAGGGGCUGCAAUAUGGCUCUUUCACUGACCUUCGACAACCCACUGAAUUAUUAAGUCAUUCAUAUCCCAUGCGAAGGUACAGCUCGGCCUCCAAUAUCUACUCCGAUUAUAGAUAUUCAAGAGGAGACUUGGCCAAUUUCCAGGAAGCUAGCCUGGCUCAUUACAGUGCUACCACUGCUCGUGAAAUCAGCCGGAUGUGUGCAGCCCUUAACUCCAUGGACCAGUAUGGGGGCAGGCAUGCAAACAGCCAAGAUCUUCUACAAUAUGGACAUAGUGCUCUUGGUGCUGCACCAGGAGGGACUGGAAACAUUAUGGCUCAACAGGGUGCCAUGAAACCAAACAUGAUGUACAAUCCAAAUUUCCCAGAGUCUCGUUCUGGCUUUGGAAACUUAGCCCAAUAUAAUCUCUCAAGGUUUGGAUCUGUCAGACAGGUACUCCCUUCCACAGCUACUGUACGAGCUGCUGAUGGCAUGAUUUAUUCAACCAUUAAUACACCAAUAGCAUCAACCCUUCCCAUCACCACCCAGCCAGUUUCGGUGCUACGACCCAUGCUCCGAGGCCUGUUCAGGCACUAUGCUCCAGGCAGUAUCACAGCUGUCCCUCUGGCUAGCCUUACCAGAGUACCCCUAGUUACGCCUAGGAUCCCCCUUGCAUCUCAAGGUCUUUAUCGCUAUACUGUGCCCAGCAGGAUGCCUGCAGCUCCUUCCGCAUCUGUAAUGGAAACACCCAUGUAUUUAGGAAAACCACUUAGCACCUCUACAGCCAGCACUGCUGCCAGCACAGUAAGCAUAGCACCUGCUACUAAGUCCCCUGCUCCAAGCACGGUCAGCUUGCAAAGACCUGAGCAGACAGGGGUUGGCCAACGUGAGGAGGUGCCUGUGUCAACCUCAGAGAUUCAGGGUCCUGCCAGGGACACCGGCCAGACACAACAGGAGCUACCUCCCCGCCUGCCAACCCAAAAGCCUCAGACAGAAGCCCCACAGGCCAGCACUGCUAGCAAAGGAGCUAUGGAAAGAGAAGAAAAGGAAAAGGAGGAAGAACGGCAGAGGAAGCAACAUGAGCACAUCCUCCAGAUUGAAAGGGAAAGAGUAGAACUGGAAAAACUGAGGCAGAUGAGGCUUCAUGAGGAACUGGAAAGGGAACGGGUGGAGUUACAGAGACACAGAGAGAAGGAACAGCUUUUGAUGCACAGGGAAAUCCAGGAGUUGCAAUCCAUAAAGCACCAGGUCCUCCAGCAGCAGCAAGAGGAGCGACAAGCCCAGUUCGCCCUGCAGCGGGAGCAGCUCGCCCAGCAGCGCUUGCAGUUAGAACAAAUCCAGCACUUGCAGCAGCAAUUGCAACAGCAGCUGGAGGAGCAGAAGAGGCAGAAGAGUACCUUUCCUCCGGUAUGUGACCCAACUGGCCGGAUUCCUUCUCAGGUUAUACCUGAGGUAACGAUAGAAAUGCAAAGGACCUUGGCUCAAAAUGGACAAUACUGGCCACCCCUAAACCAAGCCUUUAUUGCUACAGCAGCUCCAGGGCAAGACGGACAAGCACAGCCCCGCUAUCCAGGACUCCAGAGGCCUCUUACAAACUCAGCCUCUGAAAUGUCCCUGCAGACUGAAGAACAGUGGGAAGCCGGUCGGGGGAUAAAGAAACGGAACUCGAUGCCUCGUCUUCGGGAUGCAUAUGAUAAGGAGCCCAGCCAUGAACCGUACUUGGUGAAAAAGAUCACAGACAGCAGUGUGCAGACUGAUGAAGAAGAUGGCGAAGAACGUUUCUACGCAUCCCGGCGGCGCCGUCCUCGGCGCAGCACUGACUGCAGUGUACAGACAGACGAGGAAGACGAUGCUGAGUGGGAACAGCCAGUGCGUCGCCGACGUUCCCGCUUCUCCCGCCACUCUGAUUCUAGUGCAGAGAGUAAAGCCGAUUCUUCAGCAAAAGGCAUGGCCAGCAUAGCCAUUCAAACCAUCAGUGACUGUUCUGUGCAGACCGAACCCGACCAGUUGCUCCGGGUGUCCCCUUCCAUCCACAUCACUUCCCCUGACCCCAAGGUGGAGAUUGUAAAGUACAUCUCUGCCCCUGAGAAGACCCAGAGAGGGGAGAGUUUGGCUUGCCAGACAGAACCCGAAGUGCAGCCCCAGCCAGGCAUUGCAAUCCCUCAGCUCACGGUGCCCACCUCAAUCCCUCCUUACUCCUCCAACAUCCAGAUGGUGAGCUCUGGGCCUCUGGAUCCUCAUUCAGUCCGACAGCAAGCACUAGCCAAGAAGAAGCCCGUUCCUCUUGAAAUCGGCUACCAGUCCCACUUGCCCACAGACUCCUUGUCUCAGCUUAUGUCCCGACAGCCCCCCAAGUCUCCUCAGGUCCUCUAUUCCCCGGUGUCCCCCCUCUCCCCUCAUCGGUUGUUAGAGUCAUCCUUUGCAUCCAGUGAAAAGCUCAACAAGGCCCACGUGACUCCACAGAAGCACUUCAUGGCUGAGUCCACCCAACGCCAGCAGACCCUGCCUCGCCCCAUCAAAACCAUCCAAAGGUCUUUAUCUGACCCCAAGCCCAUCAGUCCCACCUCAGAGGAGUCUGCAAGGGACAGGUUUUCCAUGUAUCAGCACACCCUCCUGCCUGGCAGCCAGAUUUCAACCUUGCAAUCAAACACUCUCGUUCGUAAAGUGAAGCGGACCUUGCCUAGCCCCCCACCAGAAGAAGCUCAGCUUCCUCUGACCAGCCAAGCCCACUCACAGAUGUACAUGCCUGGCUUCAUGCCAAAGGGUAUUGGUGGGCAGCCCAUCCAAGUGACCAAAGCCAGCCUCCUUAGAGAACUCGACCGAGACUUGAAGCUGGUAGAGCACGAAUCCACAAAACUGAGAAAGAAACAAGCCGAGCUGGAUGAGGAAGAGAAAGAGAUUGAUGCCAAGCUGAAGUACCUGGAAUUGGGGAUCAACCAGAGAAAGGAGUCCUUGCUGAAGGAUCGGAAUGUUCGCGAUUAUCCCUAUUUGAGAUGCUUGGGAGAGAAUCGAGAUUAUAUGUCUGACAGCGAACUAAAUAACCUUCGGCUCUCUGGUUAUGAGAGUGGAAGUCUCCUGGCAAGGCCUAGCGCCACCCCUUCUAACCAAUAUGCAGAAUUCUCCAUUCAGACUGCUGCACCAGCCCCAGCUACAUUCCAGCAAACAAGAUUUCAACCUCCAUACUAUCCUCCAGCAAGCAGUGGUCCGACUCAAAAUGAUUUCCAGCCAAGCCGGAUGCCUGCUUACCCUUCCCAAACCACAUACCAGGCCCAUAGCUUCACCCCAAGUACUGGGUAUCAGUCUGAACUGGGCCUACAGAGCCACCAAGGCUUCUGCCCACCUUACCAAGCUCAGACCCCUUAUCCCAGUCAGACACCCUUGCAGCCUGCCCAGGGUGCUCUUCUUCAGGCUCAUGCAGACACCCACACAACCUCCCAGAAACCGAGACAGACCUCACUGGCUGACUUAGAGCAGAAGAUCCUGACCAAUUAUGAAGUCAUUAGCAAUCCCACUGUGGUGAUCUCUGCUGCAACCCCUGAAGUGAUCUACAGCACUGCAACAGUGACCAGCAGUUACGAUCAACACAAAGCCCCAGAAGGGAGGCCAGGAGAUAGGAGCAGUGCUGCACAAAGUCCCUCUACGGGCUAUUCAUCUGACUCCCUAUACACCAAUCUAGAGCAAAACAUUCCUCGGAACUAUGUGAUGAUUGAUGAUAUCAGUGAAUUAACCAAAGAGAGCAGCUCAGGAGAGGGUCAGAAAGGGGAUUUGCCAUCACACAGCAGCAAUGGACUGCCUAUCAAAGACAAGAGGGAGGUUGCGGAUGUAGACAUGUCUAGCAGGCCUUGUUGUUACUCAAAAGGAGAAGAGGAGUCUGAAGAGGAUAUUUAUGAUCACCAUGGUCCUGACCAUCGGGGGAAAAGCUAUCCUAAAAGCGCAGAGAGCAAUGGGAGAGUAUCAGGCAGUUCUUAUUACUAUGGAGACAGUGAUUAUAGAUCAUCCUCUCGUCCAGACAAGCAUGGGGCAAGUGUAGGAGUACAAAAACACUCUUCAAAAAAUCUGGCCCCUGCUGUCAUCUCUUCCAAGCGCAGCAAGCAUAGGAAACAAGGUAUGGAGCAGAAGAUCUCCAAAUUCUCCCCUAUAGAAGAAGCCAAAGAUGUAGAAUCAGAUCUGGCCUCCUAUACAGUGACUACAUCAGUCAGUAGCAGCAGCAUAGCAUCCAGAGCAAGGAAGAUGCAAGAUGAUAUCACUUAUGGCCUAAAGAAAAAUGUUUAUGAACAGCAGAAAUACUAUAGUGUAUCCAACAGAGAUGGGAUUGAAGAAGAUGACAGAGCAUAUAGUGGUGGCCGAUCAAGAUCCUCUGGAUAUGUGUCAGAAAAGCUGUCAAGUCGUGAAAUUAGAAGCAGAUCUUAUGAAAGAGAGAGCAUGGAGAGGCCUCAGAAAGGAAGCUCCAAACCUUCCUCGCUUAGUAUGAGUCAGAGUCGCGGGCGACCUCCAAUUCGCACGCAAACGUCAGAAGAAGAAAGUCCUAUCAGUCCAUUAGGAAAAUCCGUGGGUGUAUCGCGAUCCUCAGGUGGACCUCUUCCUCAGUCUGCUGGAGACAGUUGCUCCCAGUUUUGUUCUAGUCACUCAUUGCCUGAUGUACAAGAACAUAUUAAAGAUGUGCCAAGAACCCAUUCUUACAAACAUGAAGAAGGCUACAUCAUGGAUGAUUCACACUGUGUUGUUUCAGACAGUGAAGCCUACCACUUGGGCCAAGAGGAGACGGACUGGUUUGACAAACCAAGAGAACCUCGUUCAGAGAGGAUGAGGCAUUAUGGUGGCCAUUCCUCAUCCUCUCAGAAGAGAGGUCCAGUUAAGCACACCUAUCAUGAUUACGAUGAGCCCCCAGAUGAAGACUUGUGGCAUCAUGAUGACUAUUCCCACCCACGUCACUCUUCCUCCAAAGAUCACAAGCACCAUGGAGAUUAUGGGCGACAUUCAUCCUCCUCCCGCCACUCCACUGAUGACCUGCCCAAAAGAUCCUCCAGGCAACACCCAAGAGACCCAGGCCGCCAUGAGUCGCAUGGACGUGGACAUGGGCAGCCCACUUCCCAGAAGAAGGCCCAGCAAUCAGAUACAAGAACCCAGCAAGGUUAUCCUCCCAGCUCCUCGGAGUACCCUCAACAAUCCCGACAGCCGUAUCAUCAUACCUCAGAGUCCCAAAAAUCCCAGAGGCAGAUGCAACACGGGUUGCCAUCUCAGCAGCCAAAAUCUGAGCCUUUGUCUCACCAACAGCAGCAGCAGCAGCAGCAAAAGCAGCAGCAGCAGCAACCCAGGCAACAGCAAGUUGGGCAGCAGCAACCAUCAUCUAGGCAGCAGCAACCACCAGGCAGACAACCUCAGCAACAGCAUCAAGCAGGUCCUUCUCAUCAACAGCCACAGCAGGUUCGAAUGCAGCAGCAGCAGCAGCAACAACCACAACAACAGCAACAGCCACCACUGGGAACCCAAGCGCAACCAACCUUGCGGCCAGCCCAACAGCAGCCUGGUCAGCCUCAGCCAUCAGGCAAACCACAGCCAACUGCCCAAGCACAACCUAGCGCUCACCAAGCAGGACCAGCUAAAGCAGAGCAGCCGGAUGUAUCCAAGCCUACCACAAAAGUGCCACAGGUGGGGAAAGCGCCCCAGACACAACCGCAGGGGACAGCUGGAGGCAUUAAAUUGGGCCCCAAACCAACAGGCCCCUCCUUAUCUACAGGAGCAGCAGCUGGACAGCCAGGAGCAGAGGGCGAAAGUGUCUUAUCCAAAAUCCUGCCAGGAGGGGCGGCAGAACAAGCAGGCAAAUUGACAGAAGCCGUAUCAGCUUUUGGCAAGAAAUUCACAUCGUUUUGGUGA